GGAAGAGUCAAUAGAGGUCAAGCAGGUUAAACGAAGGAAGAAGAAAGAAGAAAGCAGGAGGAAGCGAGAGGAACGUGAAGUCGUUUAAACGAAAGAAGAAGCGACACGCGUCCGUGGGGAAGGAGAGAACGGAUCCAGCGGAGAGCUUGCCGACGCGUGUACGCGGUGACCGAUCAAGAUGAGGGUACACCGUGGGAUUUGCGCGAAACUCCAAGGGGGAUUUCUCAGGCGAUGGUGGGCAGCAGUGGCUGUCGGGGCGUUGCUGAUAAUAGUGUCAGCGAUUUUGGCAGCGGUGUUCCCGAAGCUGGUCGACGUGCUGCUGAACAGAGAGAUAGCUCUGCGCGAGGGUGGCCGCACGUUCGAUUGGUGGAGGGAACCGCCCGUGACACCUCAGCUGAGCGUGUACAUCUACAACGUGACGAACGCCGAUGAAUUCUUGAACGACGGCGAGAAACCGACGCUGAAGGAGCUCGGCCCCUACGUGUACGUGCAGCACUGGGAAAAGGUCGAGGUGAAAUUCAACGAGAAUGACACCGUGUCGUACAAAGUGAAGAAACGGUUCGCCUUUUCGCCGGAGAAGUCGAUCGGCUCGGAGGAAGAUCUGGUGGUGGUCCCGAACGUGCCGAUGCUGUCGGCGACCAGCCAGUCGAAACACGCGGCGCGUUUCCUCAGAUUGGCGAUGGCAUCGAUAAUGGACAUUCUCCGGAUAAAGCCGUUCGUCGAGGUGUCGAUCGGGCAGCUGCUUUGGGGCUACGAGGAUCCGUUGCUCAAGUUGGCCAAGGAUGUCGUGCCGAAGGAGCAGAAGCUGCCGUACGACCAAUUCGGCCUGAUGUACGGCAAGAAUACCACGAUGCCCGACUGGUUCACGAUCUUCACCGGACAAGGGGACAUUUCCAAGUACGGCGUCCUCGACAAAUGGAACGGAAAGGGCAGUCUCGGCCACUGGACCACUCCGGAAUGCGACAGCAUCGCUGGCAGCGAUGGCAGCAUUUUUCCACCGCGCAUCACCAAACAGACGGUGCUGAAAGUCUUCGACAAGGAUCUCUGCAGGACUUUGCCUCUUGUGUUCAAGGAGGAGGUGACUACCGCCGGCGGAGUUCCCGGAUACAGAUUCGUCCCUUCGAAGGACGCGUUCGCCUCUCCCAGCAGAGUGGAGUCGCAGCAAUGCUUCUGCCCGGCCGGGCCACCGUGCGCGCCAGAGGGAACCUUCAACGCUUCUCUGUGUCAAUACGAAUCGCCGGUUUUGCUUAGCUUCCCGCACUUCUACCUCGCGGAUCCCACGCUACGCACAGCCGUGAACGGAAUAUCGGCACCCAUCGAGGAGAAGCAUCAGUUCUACAUCGACGUCCAGCCGAUGAUGGGCACUUCGCUGCGAGCGAAGGCGAGAAUUCAAAUCAAUCUGGCGGUCAGCCAGGUGCGGGACAUCAAGCAGGUCGCCACGUUUCCGGAUAUAGUGUUCCCCAUCAUGUGGUUCGAGGACGGGAUCGAGGAGCUGCCCGUGGAAAUGCGGAGCCUGAUGAAGAUGGCGGUGGACGUGCCGCCGAUCGCCCGGUCGGCGGUGUCCGGGGCGCUCGCCGCGAUCGGCGCGAUCGUCCUGAUCGGCGCGCUCGUCUGCCUGGCGCGUGCCGCGAAGCGCCAAGAGAAACUGCACCUCAGCAAUCCGUUACCGUCGAACGCCAGUGGCGGGAAAACCGGUCAGCUGAAUCCGGCUUUCCAGAAUUCCUCGGGUUCCAAGUAGAUCGGCGGGUUCCGGCUCCUUGACUUCCUAGACAUCGGAUUCUCCGUCGACCGGUGCGCGCAGGGCUGCGCGCACUCUUCAACCCCGACGUGAAUGAACAUUCGACAUAUAGACUACGUUAACUUUUGGUGCACGCUCGCUCGCUCGCUCGCUCGCACGCUUUCUUGUUCCAUCGUCGAUUCGAGCCGGCUCCGAGAUGGAGGAAGAAAGCGGUCGAGGGACGGGAGGCGGAGGGAACAUGGACGAGGGGAGAGUAAACGCGAAUCUUCGGACACGUUUGAACGUAUAUAUAUAUAUAUAUCUAAAUGUAUGUAUAUAUGUAUAUAUAUGUAUGUAUAUGUAUAUAUAUAUAUAUACAUAUAUGUAUACGUUCGUACGAGUCCAAAUGGACGGUCCGGUUCGACUCGGUACGAUACGUUACGGCGAAGCGCGGCUGGGAGGAGACGCUAGACCACUGGAGACUGUUAGGUCGCGCCGCGUAACGGUAUUCGGCUCACCGUUUUCAAGGACUCCGUGUUCUCGACACACAUCGCUCACCACGCUCGAACCUACGAUACCGAUCGUCCGUCCCGGAGACUCUCCGCGCGAUUCGAUCGGGAACGUCUCCGUGGUUCGUGAACUGUACCAUUCGGAGGAGGAGGAGGAGGAGGAGGAGGAGGAGGGAGACGGAGGAAGAGGAACAGAGACAGAACGGUCGCGUGUCGGCGGAACGGCGCGCGGAAAAAGUUGAAAAAGCGAAUCUGGAACAGGCUUCCGGAUCGUUGAUCCUCGUCAUUAGGGCAAAUGGUGUACCGUACGUAGAAACAGCCAACGAAAUCAUUCCGUCCAUUGAACGCGUGCGACACGGCUCGCGUUUACACGUAUGCAUUGUAUAUAUCCGAUCGUGCGCGCUCGCGUUUCGACGCGUCCCGCGACGAUCGCGGCCCUAUUGUUAUUCAUUAUCGGUUACUAGUAUGCGUAUCUCGUUUUAAAAUCGUUACUCUGGAUGGAUUUGCGGUUAGGUUCUUAGGUAAAUUUAGUUUUGUACAGCGAACAUGGUUUUCGGGACCGAGCUCGCGCCGGUUCCCAGCGAUUCGGUGGAAAUGAAUAAAAAUUUUCUAAGAGUGGUACACGCUCGCG